GGCGGUGCGUCUUCGAUGACUAGUCAUUGGUCCGCCUCUGGGGAUAACCGUCCCAGUUGCCGGAGAAACAAUCAGCUCACGGCUUAAUAACUCACCGGUGAUUGGUGAUGAGGACGAAAGCGGGUUCUGCGGUCCGCCUCUGCCUUUUUAGCCCUUAAGGUUAAAUUCAAAAGCCCAGGUGACUCGUGGAAAUCUGUGCUGCACGAUGACAGCGACGAUGAUGCUGGUGAGCAGAGUCCAGCGUCUGGGCUGUGUGCUGGCCUUUUGCGUCCUGGCCCUGUUUCUCUGGGGGCUCCCCGGGGCCCCGGCCCUGGACAACGGCUUGGCGAUGACCCCUACCAUGGGCUGGCUGCACUGGGAACGCUUCAUGUGCAACGUAAACUGCCAAGAAGAACCGGAUUCCUGUAUCAGUGAGAAGCUCUUCCUGCAGAUAGCUGAGAUCAUGGCCUCAGAUGGCUGGAAGGAUGUAGGCUAUGAGUACCUCUGCAUUGAUGACUGUUGGAUGGCUCCUGAAAGAGAUUCAGAAGGCAGACUUCAGGCAGACCCUAAACGUUUUCCUGGUGGGAUCCGCCGCCUAGCUAAUUAUGUCCAUAGCAAAGGACUGAAGCUAGGGAUUUAUGCAGAUGUCGGAAAUAAAACCUGUGCAGGCUUCCCUGGGAGUUUUGGAUAUUAUGACAUUGAUGCCAAGACCUUUGCUGACUGGGGAGUAGAUCUACUAAAAUUUGAUGGUUGUUACUGUGACAGUAUAAAACAUUUGGCAGAUGGUUAUAAGCACAUGUCCUUGGCCCUGAACAGGACUGGCAGAAGCAUUGUGUACUCCUGUGAGUGGCCCCUUUAUAUGUGGCCCGUUUUUAAGCCCAAUUACACAGAAAUCCGAGAGUACUGCAAUCACUGGAGAAAUUUUGCUGAUAUUUAUGAUUCUUGGCAAAGUAUAAGGAAUAUCUUGGACUGGACAUCGUUUAACCAGGAGAGAAUUGUUCCUGUCGCAGGACCAGGAGGUUGGAAUGAUCCAGAUAUGUUGGUGAUUGGCAACUUUGGCCUCAGCCGGGAUCAGCAAAUAACUCAGAUGGCCCUCUGGGCUAUCAUGGCAGCUCCAUUACUCAUGUCCAAUGACCUCCGACACAUCAGCCCUGAAGCCAAAGCCCUUCUUCAGGAUAAGGAUGUGAUUGCCAUCAACCAGGACCCCUUGGGCAAGCAGGGGUACCGGCUUAGAAAGGAGGACAACUUCGAGGUGUGGGAACGCCCUCUCUUCAACUUAGCCUGGGCUGUGGCCAUGGUAAACCUGCAGGAGAUCGGUGGACCUCGUUCUUACACCAUCUCUGUUACUUCCCUGGGUCAAGGACUGGCAUGUAACCCUGACUGCCUGAUCACACAGCUCCUCCCUGUGAAGAGGAAGCUUGGGUUUUAUGAAUGGACUUCAAGUCUAAAAACUCAAAUAAAUCCCACAGGCACUGUUUUGCUUAGGCUAGAAAGAGCAAGCUAGACUGCAUUAGAAAGCUUCCUUUAAAAUGUAUUAUUUUGUUGCCAAACUUAUUACCACACUUUUGUCCACCUUCAGCUGUUCUUCCUUCCUUGAGUAAGUUUCCACACUUGAGCUUUUUGAUUACUACUUCUAAAGCUAUUUGGAAAACAUUUUGGGGAAGAGUCUUUGAACCUAAUGUAAAUUGCUAAGAAAUAGUAGCUUAAUAAUAAAUAAUUUAUAGACAUAUCUCAUUUCAUUGCAUUUCACAAAUACUGCAGGGUUUUUUGUUUCUUUUACAAGUUUAAGGUUUGUGGCAACCCCGCAUCUAUCAGAAUUCUAUCAGCCCUAUUGUUCCUACAGCAUUUGCUCACUUCAUGUCUCUGCAUCACAUUUUGAUAAUUCCUGCAACAUUUCAAACUUUCAUUAUUAUUAUAUUUAUCAUGUGGAUCAUGAUGUUACUACUGCAAAAAAAAAUUGAUUCACUGAAGGCUUGCUUGAUGGUUAACAAUAAAGGAUUUUUGUUUUGUUUUUGAUGGGAUCUUCCCGAACCAGGGAUCAAACCCGUGUGCCGUGCAUUGGCAGGUGGAUUCUUAACCACUGCACCAGGGAAGU